AUGAUUCAACUCAAGAAUGCAGUUUCUAAAGGUCGACCCACGAUUAGGUUUGCUGAACCUAUUAGUACAUGUAACGACGUAAAGUAUUCAGAUGAGAGAAUAUCACACCCUACAUCGGUGUCACUGCAACUGCUGCUACAGCAUCCUCGACUGACGACAUCCAGCGAAACAAGUUUUACACCAAUAGAAAGGAAAAUGACCAACCAACUAGAUUUAAAACAUUAUCAGCGUGCAUUAUUUCAAAAUUAUCUACAACCGCUUAGUGUAUCGAGCCUUAAGUCUUUUCAUGAUCGACUACCCUACGACGCAGAUGCAGCAAUAUCGAAUUGGAAGCGACAGACGUCAAAUAAUCUACAUGACCAACUAAGUUCGUUUAAGGAACAAAAACCAUACUUUGACAGUAUGAUGAAAUACUUGAUUCGAAUAACCCCGCCACAUUUGAAAAACGUACAGAGCAAAAUAUAUCUCGAGCAUUUGUUGGCAACAGAACAAAUGAAUAGACGACAAAGACUACGCAUGGACAACUUCCACGAGAUUCCGCAGUUGCCAAACCCAUUGACCAAGGAAAACUUUGAAGAGUAUAUUUACAACUUGACGCAUACUAAACAUCAUUAUAGAAACUCAUCGAGUCUACAGUCAGGGAUCAUACCUCAAAUUCUACUAAAUACGCAUAGCAUCACCAAUAAUGAGCUUAAACCGUUUCGCUCUGCAACAACAUUCAAUUAUUUGAUUAAAUUUUUUGGCUGUGAUAAGAACCAGAGUUUGUUUGCUAGAGACCUUGUUUUGAUUAUGAAUGAGGAUGGGCACCACUUGAAUUACCAAACAAUUGAGCUUAUGCUUAAGAUUUGUGUUAAACACUCGCGAAUCAGAUCCAACACCAAUACUUUCCAGCUCGUGCUCAAGUAUUUAAGACUUGCGGAGUCCUUGGGUAUACAUGUGAAUCUAAACACCUGGACAACUAUCUAUGAUACAAUACGCAACCGACGACUCAAGGAGCGUUUUUGGCAAAUAGUGAAAGAGGAGAAGAUUCCCAUCACAAAGGGUUUACAGAUGCGCGUUUUAGAUGACUAUAUGGAUACUACUCAAGUUACAGAUAAAGUUAUUAAAUUUCUUGAGCAUGACUUGAAGAUUAUAGAUUGGAGAAAUGAUGAUUUGACGAGGCAUAAACUCAUUGAGCACAAAUCAAGAUAUGGGCAAGAGCCUGAAUUAAGUAGUAGGAGCAUCAACAUCAACAGCAUUAACAGCAGUACUCGUGGACUUGAUGAUUAUGUUUAUGCGCUAAAGUUUCAUUUCAGUGGGUUGAAAAAGAAUAAAACUUUGAAAUAUAGGUCAAAGUUUAUGUUUGAAGAGUAUUGCAAGUACUUGUUAAAAAGCAGUUUAGACUCAAACAUUGCUCCUCCAAGGCUUUUGAAAAUCUAUACCAUGAUGAUUCAGAGUGCAAUUGAUGACUUUACAGAUGUACGGAAUAUCCCACCUUUAUUAUUUUUAAUCAGAGGCUUGAUCCAUGAUGCAACAAUGUACCUUAAUCUUCCCAAGAACUCGGUAUCUUUAUCCUGUGAUAAUGUUUCUAAAAUGAUACCUGAAAAUUACAAAAUAUUGGCACGUGAAACAAGGAACCGGCUAUUGCGUUUACAAGCCACAGUUGAGUUUCUCAAUAGUAACCUUGGUAAAUCUUUGCCAUUGCCCUUGCCAUUGCCGUGGCAAGAAUUUACUUUAGAGGAGCAGAUAAAAUGGCAGAAGUUGAAAAUGGCAAAUACGAAUCUGAGAUGGAGUCAAUUUGUUGAAGAUCAAACCACUUUUUUGCCUGAAAAUGAAAUCAAAUAUGUGAUGAAUGGGAUUCGUGCUAGGUUUAAUAGAUCAAGAGAUAAGCAGAGAUUAGCGAGGUUGAAUGCUAGCAACGAAUCAGAGUUUUUAAAACAAAAACUUUUGAAAAGGAAAUUGUUGGAAGAGUGA